AAAACACAUUCUUGGUAAUUGUAAAAGCCUUUCAAUUCACGACAUGGACGCUUAUCGAAUCGACCAGAUUAGCAGAGUCGAAGAUAUCCGUUCGCUGGUUGACCAACUAGAAUCACUGCCGUUUCUUUCAGCAGAUGACAUCGGUCCUCUAGUCACUCCUCUGGUCCGAAUCACAUCGGAUGAAAAACGCUUUGGCGCAGAAGGUGCGCUUUUGACAGAGCGUAUCGUCCUUAGUUGCCUGAGCCGUAUACCAGAUGAUAUAAAGAUCCGCUAUGACCACACAAAAUGUUGGCCCUUUCCGACAGUCGGCAUGUGGAACCGUUCGAUUAUUGCGUGGGGUAGCCAAAAGUCCGACGAGGCGGCAAAGCGGGCGAACGCGAUGUUUUUGCUUGUUCAGGAUGACAACAAUAAGGAACUUGCCUGGCGCCGUGCUCGAAGCCUCCCAGAAGAUGAGCUCCUAUCAGCUACUCCUAAUCGGCAAACAUACAAGUCACUUAUUCGUGCAUGGGCUGUUUCAAAUACUUCAAAAGGACCGCCUCGAGCAUCCGAAGCGUUAAAACAAAUGGAGCUGUUUACCGGCGUUACGGCGCUCAUACAGGGUGAGGUUACUGAUAAAACAGAGCUGAGUGAGAUGGAGCUUCCAGAUCGUACAUGCUACAAUUCCGUUCUUUUGUCGUACGCCAAGCUUCCUGUUCUGAGGCAGCCAACGGCUUUGAAAAAGAUUCAACAAAUAGUCUCUAGAAUGGACCGGGUCUAUGAAGUCACGAAGAAUCCUGAGUUUGCUCUUGACGGGUUUUCCUAUCUAGCUCUUCUGUUGGCUUACCGGCGUUACGUCCUAUCUUCCGAUGAUCUAGAGCCGAGCUAUCCUACUAACAUCUUAAAUGUCUUACGGAGAAUGCAUCUCAGCUCAUCCAUGAUUGAGAAAGAUAUCGUUGACCUACCUUGGGCGUAUUGUGUGGCCAUUGACGCCUUACUUAAAACUCGUCGCCUGGCUGAAGCUCACGAGCUUGUCUUUGUGGCGACUGGAAGAGCCACUUUGUCCGGAUUUCCCCCUGUUACCUGCCUAGACGGAAUAUCCCACGUUACUCUAAUUCGAGUAAUUCAGGCGUGGGAAAAUUCUCAACACAACGAAGCUGCGCAGCGGAUAGAAGACAUUCAAGACAUAUUGUCAUCGAUACCAUUCCGACGACCGUUCUUUUUGCACAAAGCUAUGGUGGACAUAGUCGAGUCACAUUCUUCAUGGACCGGCACGCCUCCGUUGCUGGAGCAAAUGCUGCAACGAGCUUUACAGACAUCAUGCUUUUGCCCAAAUGGGCAGUCCUUUGCCCUGACUAUGAAAGCCUGGAUGCGUUCCAAAGACGUAGAAGCUCCUCAUCGGGUUGAAUGCCUCUUUGAUGCUCUAAAUAAUGCAUAUACGAAGACGAAGCUGGACGAGUUUCGCCCCCGAGAAGCACAUUUGCGAUUUGUUUUAUGUACAUGGCUAACUCGAUCUGGAGACGGUCGGCGGUACAAGGGGAAGCACGGCACGUUGUUCCCAGCCGAGCACAUUUCUUCUAUUUUGAAAAGGUCGCACGAUACCGCGUGGCUGAUUACACCCUCUCGAAUGUACGCAAUCGGACUGGAAGCGUGGUACAAGCAGCAUAUACCGUACCCCGCAGCGAAAAGCUACAAUGCUGUUCAUAAAGCAAGUAUUCUGUUGCGAGAUCUACAGGAAUUGACGGGCAAAAUGCCCCCACAAGUCUGCAAUUGGAUGAUUCAAGUUUGUAGCCGACGCCAGCCAACAUCCAAUCGCCGUGCAGACGCAGUUCAAACCGCAAAGAAUGUGUUUCGGGACGGUGAAAAGAACUGGUACACGUACGUGGUCAUGUCCCGUCUUUUGAAAAGCCGAUCGUCGCCAGAUGUAUUGUACUUGAAAAAUAUGUUUCACGAUUGCAUCAGCCGAGCAUUGUUGAGCCAAGCUUUUGUUUGGUAUCUUGUCGCAACCGGAAACACGGAGCUUUUGCAGUCAUGCUUCCGUCUGUCGGAGGAGGAGGCUUUACAAGUGACUCGCCAGGUCGAGAAUAGCCUCGUACACAAUUCGGGGAAGUUUCAUUGGAAAGGACGGGCUCCCACCGUGUUGCUGGUGGAAAAUAUGCCUCCGGAAUGGAGUCGUUUUGCCUUUGCGGCAAAGAAUACUGACCCUGAUGACUGCAGUUAGAAAGCUAAUAAUGUGCUAUCAAAG